UGUAGACACUAUCUGCCUAACUAAUGAGUGGGUCAGAUCCUGUUGAUGAUAGAGCUGACAAUAGGAGACUUACRCGUUCGGAAGCACUAAGGGUUCCGCACGUGUUCARGACCUUAGAYGAGGGAGAAGAAAGACGGCUUCGUGCCGAACGUAGAGCCCGUGCUCUAGCAGCAGGACUACAGGAAGCAAACAGAGUAGCAAGAGAGCGGGCAACAGCAGCCAGAGCAGCUGCAAUGGCUAACGGCGCAAGCUCUGCUGCGUCAUCGUCUGCGUCCUCGUCAGGGAAUAGUGGGACUCAGUUGGGAAUGCCACUGAGUUCCACAAGUUCCUCGGGCACUUCYSGUUCAACAGGUUCUAGACAGUCUUMUAGUCAAAUGGCGGGCUCGCAGUUCAGCCCRUUGACCCCACGUGAGAGGGAGCUCAGGGAGAUCCAACAGGUCGAGAGGCUCCGCCAGAAGUUAGAGGAGGACCUGAAAAAGGCAACCGAUAGAGAAASAGAGAUAAAAAGUAGAGCGGCSAGACUUGAUACGUUAGAGGCUGACAAGGCUGCGUUAGAGGGAUUGGACGAAACGGGUUUGUCUGACCCCCUGAAAGUGUUGAAGAACAACAUGUUGUCACURCAUGCGCACGUUGACRGYAGGAUGGACUUCAUGCAGAGCACUUUGGACCAGAUCCUGGAUGCAUUGACAAAGCCAGGAUUCCGGCCACCAGCACAAUCGCCGUUGCCGUUAAYGGCRAUGUCAGGCCCCUUUCCAGUACAAGUUGGCACACAGCCAAGUGGUACGUCUGCAGCAGUCUCACAGACUGUUGCGUCCUCUUCUUCGGGUCCAGCGGUGAUUGCUACAUCACCGCAACAACCUGUUCCUCCACAGGGACAGCAGCAAGGUCAAUGGUAUCCUAAGACCCCGAUGAAACCGCCUCUUGCCUUCUCAGGUGAGAGAAAGGAUGAGGAACUCAACAUAUGGUUGAGAACGAUCCCGGUUUGGGUGAAGGCAAAGAGGACCUUGCCUGAGGACGAAGUGGUAACUGCUGCAUCCUACCUAGAGGGUAAGGCAGCCAAGUGGCUAGAUGGAGUAGUUGUAAAGGCCGGGUACGGGAGACGCAUGACAGACUGGGCUAAGUCAUUGACGUUAGACCAGUUCAUGGAGAUGGUAGAAGCUCGAUGGCAUAACCCACAGGAGGCUCAAAGGGCCACUGAUGCCAUUAACAAGCUGGACCAACGAAAGUUCAAGUCGGUCAGAGAGCUUACGACUACCGUUGAGGGCCUGAUCCUCGUCCCAGGCAUCGACUACAGUGACCAGUUCCUGCUAACUACGUUUGUUAGAUGUUUACCAGAGAACAUCAGGAACUUACUAGCCAGCGAGGCACGCAUUGUCUACCAUUCGUUUGAGACACUGUCUAGGAAGGCCUUAGAUUUAGAGUCCACUCUAGGCAAUGCUCAACCCACCUCACAGAGUGACUCAAAGAAGAAGAAGAGUCCUCAGGAAUGGAAGAAGAAGGAAGCAAAGUUGAUGAUGGUUGAGUCUGAUGGGACUCAAACUGAGAUUGACGAACUCUCUGACCUGAUGGACUAUGCAGAGCAUGACGGCGAGGAGGUAGCUAAGGGUAGCACCCUUGCCGCGGUAGUAAAGACUAAGGACUGGGUGCGGCACCUUAGUAGACCUGUAGCAUCUACUUUGGCCAACAAGGAGCGCAUGAUUGUAACAGACUACAUCAAGGACGUAGACUGUACCUUCUCCUAUGGAGGAGGUGAGCUUAACCAUAAGAUCUCGUUCUUGGUUAGCGACGACUUGCCAUUCGAUAUGUUGUUAGGCAUGUACUACCUCGAAGUUGCUAAGUCCCAGUUCGACUGGGAUAAGAAGGUGCUCAAACACAAGUUGCCCGAUGGCCGACCUGUCAGAUUGACCAAGUUCAAGGCCAGUAGUAUUAUAGAUACCUAUGGCUGCUUGUGCACAUCUACGUUCUAUAACUAUUACAAGCAAAACGAAGAGGAAGGUAUGUAUCUUGUUUAUGUCUCUGAGAAGGGGGAGGUCGUUAAAACACCCCCAGAGAUAGAACGCGUCGUUGCUAAGUUCCCUGAUCUGUUCGAAGAGCCCACGGGAGUUGUUGAAAGGGAAGUCGUCCACGCUAUAGAAAUCAUUCCAGGGAUGCUGGCUCACCAGGAUGGGAAAAAGUUGAGACCGAUUGAGUACAUGAGUAAGAAGAUGCCAUCGAAGCAGUUGGCUAAGUCCACCUACGAAAGGGAACUCUAUGCUCUCUACAAGGCACUUGUCCAUUGGAGACACUUCCUUUUGGGAAGGUUCUUCUAUCUGAGGACUGAUCAUCAGACCCUCAAAUGGAUCAAGACUCAACCGGCUCUUUCUGAUGCACUCAAGCGAUGGAUUGAGGUCAUAGACCAAUAUGACUUCAAGCUUGAGUACCUGAAGGGAGAGUACAACAAGGUUGCAGACGCGCUAUCCCGUAGAGCAGACUACCUAGGCGCGCUAGUUUCUGAAUUUGGCGUAUCUAAUGAAGUAACUCAAUCAUUGGUGGGAGCCUAUCAGGAAGACCCUGUCACGAUGGACAUCAUCCGCAAACUUCAGGCAAAAGGCAAGGCCACAGAAAGUGAGUUUGUGAUGGUGGAUGGGCUAACCUAUGUUGACAAGGCCGGAGUAAAGAGAUUGGUAGUUCCAUCUAGUGAACAGUUGCGUAGUUUAUUUUUAGGCGAAUGUCAUGACGCAGCUGGGCACUUUGGCUACAAGAAGACGAGUGCUAACUUAGUACAGCGAUUUUGGUGGCCCAGAAUGUUAGAUGACGCAAAGAAGUAUGUUGAGACCUGUCAAGUCUGUCAGCGGGACAAGCCGCGAACUCAAGCACCGCUUGGGUUAUUGAAGCCUUUACCUAUUCCUGAUGGUCCAGGAGUGAGUGUUUCCAUGGAUUUCAUGGACACUCUUGUGACCAGCAAGAGUGGUAAGAGGCACAUUUUUGUCAUCAUUGACCGAUUCACCAAGUACGCUAGACUAAUACCAAUGCCAAAAGACAGUCAGGACAGAAUACGUCAUCAAGUUGUUCAAGGACAACUGGGUAAGGGACUUUGGUUUACCAAUGUCCAUCAUUAGUGACCGAGACGUCCGAUUCACAAGUGAGUUGUGGAAGAAGACUGCGGAACCGAUGGGCAGUCAACUUCAAAUGACUUCAGGGAAUCAUCCCGAAACCAACGGACAGGCCGAACAAAUGAAUAGAGUUGUA